UUCAAUUGUUUUUACAGAAAAUUUUAUCAUGUCUACAUUAAUGAUAUCAGUAGCCUUUUCGUUAUGUCUUGCGUGCGUUAGCUCGGUCGAGUUAGAUGAACUCUACACUUUUGUCUCUGAUAAGCUAGAAGAGAUUGAAAAUUAUCAGGUACCUACAAAUAAUGAAAAACUAUUUAAGGUCAAUGAUUCUAACGUAUACGAUGCUGGAACAUACGAUUUUAUAAUUGUUGGUGCUGGAGCCGCAGGUUGCGUUCUGGCAAACAGACUGUCGGAAAUUUCUUCAUGGAAGAUUUUGUUAUUAGAAGCUGGCGGCAAAACUAACGAUUUUAGCGAUAUUCCUAUAUUUAGCGAUAAUUUAAGAAACUCUGAGAUGAACUGGGGAUAUUAUACAUCUCCACAAACAAAAUCCUGUCAAGGAAUGCGCAAUAAUCAGUGUGUGUACCCUCGUGGAAAAGUUAUAGGGGGCACAACCACUAUCAAUGGAGCAGUUUAUGCUAGAGGUGCUCAUACAGAUUACAGGGAUUGGGAAGCCAUGGGCAACAAAAGAUGGGCAUUUAAAUAUGUAUUUCCCUAUUUUAAAAAAUCAGAAACUUGUUCUUUUAAAUCAUGUGAUCCAUAUUAUCAUGGAAAAUCUGGACCCUUAUCGGUCAAUCAGACAAGUCCUUCUUCAAUUGUAGCAAAUGCGUUUGCCAAUGCUAAUCUAGAAAAAGGCUUGAGUUUGGUAGAUUAUAAUGGAAAGUCACAAAUAGGAGUGUCCAAAAUACAAUUCAACGUCAAAUACAACAAACACCAUAAUGCAGAACACGCCUUUUUAGACUACAUUAAAUCUAGAACAAACCUAAAAAUUAUGCUGAAUGCAGCAGUUAACAAAAUAAUAAUUAAAAGCCAUAAAGCAACCGGAGUAACUUUUGUUAAAGAUGGAGCAGUAUAUACAGCAAAGGCCAGAAAAGAAGUUAUUCUGUCUGCUGGAGCGAUAAAUAGUCCUCAACUCUUACUUUUAUCUGGUGUAGGUCCAAAACACGAAUUAAAAAAAUUAGAUAUUCCAGUAUCUGCUCAUCUACCUGCUGUUGGAAAAAACCUACAAGACCAUCCUCUUUUCUUUAAUCUGUAUUUUAGAACGAAUCUUACGGCGGAGAAUCGGACGUUAAAGGAAAAUUUGGAGCUUUAUCUGGAAGAUGAAACUCCUUUUACCAAUGGAGCUGGAUUGGAACAGCUAGUUUUUAUUAAUGCUGAUAAUAUAACUAGCGGAGUAGCUGAUAUAGAAUAUCUUACAUUUGCUCCACCUUUUAGUGUACCACCAAAUCCUGUUAAAGCCUUAAAUUUAAAUGAUAACUACGCAAAUACUUACAAAAAUUAUAAUACACAAACUGAUAUUUCGGUUAUUAUGUCACUAAUGAAACCAAAAUCAAGAGAACAGGUAACCUUGAAAAGCAACAAUAUUGUCGACUUUCCCAUUAUCGACUUAAACUUUUUUUCUGAUGCUAACGGAACAGAUAUUGAAACAAUGUAUAAAGGUAUUCAAUAUAUUUUGAGUCUUACAAAAACAGACGCCUUCAAAAGAAUUAAUGCUACUCUUGUAAGCGAGCAACCAAGCUGUGAUCAAUUUAAGGGUCAGGAAAGGGAAUAUUGGUACUGCGCUUUAAAAUAUAUGACUGCAACUGAGUACCAUCCUUCAUGUACUACAAGAAUGGGAACUUCUAGAAAAGAUUCUGUUGUAGAUAAAGACUGCAUUGUUCAUGGUUUUUCGAAUCUAAGGGUUGUUGAUGCAGGUGUUAUGCCAGAGAUAACAAGAGGUCAUCUUAUGGCCGCUGUUUAUAUGAUUGCAGAGAAAAUAUCAGACGAAAUUAAACGUAAGCAUGGCAAAUUACAUUGGUUUUAAAGUAUACUUUAAUUGUAUUUGUAAAUUAAAUCGAAAUUUAUAAAAAAA